AUGGUCGGCCCGGGACCCCCCAAGCAGCGCGCGGCGGCGGCGGCGCCCGGCCCCUGCGUCGUCCUGGACGACGCGCUGGUCGAGAUGUUCGGCCUCCUCCCCGCCAACUCCCUCCACCGCUUCAAGUGCGUCUCCAAGGCCUGGUGCGGCCUCGUCACGGACCCCCUCCACUGCCAGCGGUACGCGCAGACGCUGGCGGGGUUCCCGGAGCUGUUCGGGGGGAGGUUCGCGUGCCAGUUCCGCGUCGAGUACAGCGUCGUCGCUGUUCAUCCGGAUGGGAACUGGGUGUUCUUUGUCCGGCACUGGGACCGCAAGCUGGUGGCGUACGACAUGGAUCGCAGGGAGGUCCGUGCUGUCGCUGAUCUCGGUCCCAGUGGCGGCGAUCUCGGCGAUGAGCUUCCUGUUCCCUACUAUGUUCCUCUGUACAAGGAGUCGGCAGCGCUGACGAAUAGUAAGCAAUGA